GCCGUGAUUCCCACGCCCUCGGCUUCGAGCACAUCGCCAGCCGAAGCAUUCAGGCCCCAGACCGAGUCGGCGGAGCACGCCGACCGAGAUGCCGAGGAGGCGCCACAAGAGUCGCCUGCCGUAGAGCCGCCGACAGCAGCUGCGUCGCAAGAGGCUGGUGAGAACACCAGCAGCAUGGUUGCACAUGAAUGCCCUGAAUUCCUUGCUGACAACAAUGCUGUCGCUAACGCAGGCAGCGGCGGCUUCCAAGCCUCCGACGAGCCCAUGGCACGCAGGCCUGAGAACUUGGAGAAGAAGGCUGACCCGGCGGAAGAGGAGGCGGUGAUUGCCACGCCCUCGGCUUCGAGCACAUCGCCAGCCGAAGCAUCCAGGCCCCAGACCGAGUCGGCGGAGCACGCCGACCGAGAUGCCGAGGAGGCCACACCGCAUUGA